UUUGGCCGUGCGGGUGUGGAGUGUUACUGUCAGCAUGACAGUGGUGCGGCUGUCAUCCAGCUUCAGUUCCUGGUCAACGAGGUGAGUCCCACUGGUAAAGUUGGAUGUUCACCCUCUAUCCAACGCUAUGGUCCCACUCCCCAGCAGCACUUCCCAGGGCUCUGUCUCAACAGUCUUUACUUGAUUCCUUGUGUCCUCUCUCUCUGUUCUCACCUCUUUCUCAAAACGCAUUUGAGAAGAAUGUCAGAGGGGAGGAUUCUUCGGUCUUCUCCUCCAGUGCGUUUUGAGAAGGAAUCGAGGAGAAAGCCAGACAUUAUGGAAUCGAGGAAAUACUAUUGAGAAAGUCCCGGAUUGUAUCAUUGCCUUAUCUCUUCAGACUUAGUUGUCCAUCCCUCAGCCCAGUUCCUCUCCGUAUAGGUCCGUAACUUAUCGUCUCACUAGCAUGCACUACAGUCAGACAUUAUGUUAACCAUCUGUUUGAAAUGUGCUUUUAGUGAACACGUUGAUUAAACAGUAAUGUAGGCUUUGUGGAAGCAAGACUCUCUGUAAUGGGUUCUUUAUUGUAUGGACCUGAUUAUCUCUUAAUCAGCCCUGCCUCUGUCUCUGACCUGUCCUGUUAGCAUGUUUACUGCUGUUUCUUAUAGUAUUAGAUAUGUGGCGGUAUUAUAACCUAUUAUAACCCCUGUCAACAGGGGGCGCUGGUGAGUGCCUUAGCUGAUGACAGCGUUCACCUGUGGAACCUGAGGCAGAAGCAGCCAGCUAUCCUGCACACUCUCAAAUUCAACAGGGAGAGGUACGUAGGGAAAAUGUAAACAGUGGUCGUAUUUGAGCUAAAGCUGUAGCUACACUAUAUAUACAGCAGUAUGUGGACACCCGUUCAAAUUAGUGGAUUCUAUUUCAGCCACACCUGUUGCUGACAGGUGUAUAAAAUCGAGCACACAGCCAUGCAAUCUCCAUAGACAAACAUUGGCAGUAGAAUGGCCUUACUGAAGAGCUCAGUGACUUUCAACGUGGCACCGUCAUAGGAUGCCACCUUUCCAACAAGUCAGUUUGUAACAUUUCUGCCCUGCUAGAGAUGCCCAGGUCAACUGUAGGUGCUGUUAUUGUGAAGUGGAAACGUCUAGGAGCAACAACGGCUCAGCCGCGAAGUGGUGGCCACACAAGUUCACAGAACGGGACCGCCGAGUGCUGAAGAGCAUAAAAAUAGUCUGUCCUUGGUUGCAACACUCACUACCGAGUUUCAAACUGCCUCUGGAAGCAACGUCAGCACAAAAACUGUUUGUCGGGAGCUUCAUGAAAUGGGUUUCCAUGGCAGAGCAGCCGCACACAAGCCUAAGAUCACUAUGCGCAAUGACAAGCGUCGGCUGGAGUGGUGUAAAGCUCGCCGCCAUUGGACUCUGGAGCAGUGGAAACGGGUUCUCUGGAGUGACAAAUCAUGCUUCACCAUCUGGCAGUCCGAAGGACGAAUCUGGGUUUGGCAGAUGCAAGGAGAACGCUACCUUCCCGAAUGCAUAGUGCCAACCGUAAAGUUUGGUGGAGGAGGAAUAAUGGUCUGGGGCUGUUUUUCAUGGUUCGGGCUAGGCCCCUUAGUUCCAGUGAAGGGACAUUGUAACGCUACAGCAUACAUUUUACAUUCUAGUCAUUUAGCAGACGCUCUUAUCCAGAGCGACUUACAGUUAGUGAGUGCAUACAUUUUUCAUACUGGCUCCCCGUGGGAAUCGAACCCACAACCCUGGCGUUGCAAGCGCCAUGUUCUACCAACUGAGCUACAUUCUAGACGAUGUGCUUCCAACGUUGUGGCAACAGUUUGGGGAAGGCACUAUCCUGUUUCAGCAUGACAAUGCCCCUGUGCACAAAGCAAGGUCCAUACAGAAAUGGUUUGUCGAGAUCGGUGUGGAAGAACUUGACUGGCAUUCACAGAGCCCUGACAUCAAGCCCAUCGAACACCUUUGGGAUGAAUUGGAACGGCGACUGCGAGCCAGGCCUAAUCGCCCAACAUCAGUGCCCGACCUCACUAAUGUUCUUGUGGCUGAAUGGAAGCAAGUCCCCGCAGCAAUGUUCCAACAUCUAGUGGAAAGCCUUCCCAGAAGAGAGGAGGCUGUUGUAGCAGCAAAGGGGGGACCAACUCCAUGUUAAUGCCCAUGAUUCUGGAAUGAGAUGUUCGACGAGCAGGUGUCCACAUAGGCUAACUUACACCCAGAUAUUAAAUAUUCCCUUUUUAAUAUUUUCUAUUGUCUUGUUUCACACUCUAUAGUUGUGUCUGUGUCCCAAAUGGUACCCACCCUAUUCCCUAUAUAGUGCACUUCGUUUGACCAGGGCCAAUCAAAGUAAGGCUUUAUAUAUUGAAUAGGGUUCCAUUUGGUACUCCAUGUUGCUGCUGGAUAGUAACCAUGUUCUGUCUGCUUGUAAUGUUAUAUCGUUGGUUUUAUUCCAAUGAAAGACUUCUUAAGGGCCAGUGUGUGCGUCCAAAUGGGACCCUAUUCCUUUAAUAGUGGACAACUUUUGAACAGGCCCCAGAGGGCUCUAGUCAAAAGUAGUGCACUGUAUAGGGAAUAGGGUCCCAUUUGGACGCAGUCAGUCGCUUGCUGACAGAUAUGAAUUCAUGCUACUCGCUGCCCUCUCUGUAUGCAAAUGUUAUGCUACAAUGUGCUUUUAUUAUAUACCCUUCUCUUAUGAAUGUGUUAUAAAGCGAUCACCUAUCACAUAAUGUCCCUUGUUUGGAUAGAAAGGAUGACCUAUAACCAAAUAUAUGUUUUAAUGUGUAUAUAAAGCGAUCAAAUUAUGACACUACACUUUAUGUAGUUAUGUUUGUUGAAGUAACUUAGCAAUCAUAUACUGUUUCUCAUUAAACGUUUUACAUUAUUCCCUCUCAUUUUGGCAGGAUCAUGAUAAAAUUUGAUUAAGUUUAUUAUUUUAUUUUUUGUUGAGGUUUAUUGUGGUGUUGAGGUUUAUUGUGAUGUUGAGCUUUAUUGUGUAUUGUGGUGUUGAGGUUUAUUGUGUUGAGCUUUAUUGUCAUGGUGAGGUUUAUUGUCAUAUUGAGGUUUAUUGUCAUGUUGAGGUUUAUUGUCAUGUUGAGGUUUAUUGUCAUGGUGAGGUUUAUUGUCAUGUUGAGGUUUGUCGUAUUGAGGUUUAUUGUCAUGGUGAGGUUAAUUGUCAUGGUGAGGUUUAUUGUCAUGGUGAGGUUUAUUGUCAUGUUGAGGUUUAAAGGUUUAUUGUCAUGUUGAGGUUUAUUGUCAUGGUGAGGUUUAUUGUCAUGGUGAGGUUUGUCAUGGUGAGGUUUAUUGUCAUGGUGAGGUUUAUUGUCAUGUUGAGGUUUUAGGUGUUCAUGUUGGAGGUUUAUUGUCAUGUUGAGGUUUAUUGUCAUGGUGAGGUUUAUUGUCAUGGUGAGGUUUAUUGUCAUGUUGAGGUUUAUUGUCAUGUUGAGGUUUAUUGUCAUGGUGAGGUUUAUUGUCAUGGUGAGGUUUAUUGUCAUGGUGAGGUUUAUUGUCAUGGUGAGGUUUAUUGUCAUGUUGAGGUUUAAAGGUUCAUUGUCAUGUUGAGGUUUAUUGUCAUGGUGAGGUUUAUUGUCAUGGUGAGGUUUAUUGUCAUGGUGAGUAGUGUUUAUUGUCAUGGUGAGGUUUAUUGUCAUGGUGAGGUUUAUUGGUCAUGUUGAGGUUUAUGUCAUGUGAGGUUUAUUGUCAUGGUGAGGUUAUUGUCAUGGUGAGGUUUAUGUCAUGGUGAGGUUUAUUGUCAUGGUGAGGUUUAUUGUCAUGGUGAGGUUUAAAGGUUUAUUGUCAUGUUGAGGUUUAUUGUCAUGGUGAGGUUUAUUGUCAUGGUGAGGUUUAUUGUCAUGGUGAGGUUUAUUGUCAUGGUGAGGUUUAUUGUCAUGGUGAGGUUUAUUGUCAUGGUGAGGUUUAAAGGUUUAUUGUCAUGUUGAGGUUUAUUGUCAUGUUGAGGUUUAUUGUCAUGGUGAGGUUUAUUGUCAUGGUGAGGUUUAUUGUCAUGGUGAGGUUUAUUGUCAUGGUGAGGUUUAUUGUCAUGGUGAGGUUUAUUGUCAUGGUGAGGUUGUGCCUUUGUGCUUAUUUUUAUUCUUGUUUUAUUUGUAAUGUUAAUUUUUCUUCCUGUUUGUGAGAACUCGGGGCACCAUUGGGAAUGAGACCCUGGUCUCAAUUGGGCUACUCGGAAUAAAAAAAAGUCUGAAAUGGAACCCUGUUCCCCAUGUUGUGCACUACUUUUGACUAGAGCCUUAUGGUCCCUGGUCAAAAGUAGUGCACUAUAUACGGAAUAGGGUGUCAUUUGGGAGGCACCUCUUGAUUGAUUAAUCACCCUUUGUGCCAACAGGAUCACGUUUUGUCACCUGCCCUUCCAGAGUAAAUGGCUGUACAUCGGAACAGAGAAAGGAAACAUCCACAUCGUCAACGUUGAGUCUUUCACACUCUCAGGCUACGUCAUUAUGUGGAACAAAGCCAUCGAACUGUGAGUCUGCCUGUCUGCCUUAAUACUACUUGGGUUUCUAUGUUUACAUCCCAAAUAACAUCCUAUUACCGUACCUAUGGGCUCUGGUCAAAAGUAGUGCACUAUACAAGGAAUAUGGUGCCAUUUGGGACGCAUCCUGUGUCCCGUGUGCGUCCUGUGUGGCUCAGUUGGUAGAGCAAGGCGCUUGCAACGCCAGAGUUGUGGGUUCGAUUCCCACGGGGGACAAGUUAUGCCCUUGACAGCUUGGGAAGUUGGAAUGUAAACCGGAAAGAAGAAUUUAAGGAGAUAAUAAUGUUGCAUUGUUCGAUUCACACAGACGGUAGAAGCCAAGAAUGUUAAGAGUGAGGCUGUUCCCUCCAUCUCUCCUUGUUCCCCCUCAGGUCCUCCAAGUCACACCCUGGGCCUGUGGUCCACAUCAGUGAUAACCCCAUGGACGAGGGAAAGGUAGGAACUUCCCAAAGAACCAUCAAUCAAUCAAUUAUUCAUUGAUUCCAGAGCUUCAGAACAUUGCUGAUGAUUUACAACAUGCUUCUAAAAAUCAAAUUCUUAAAAAGGAAAAUAAUCAUGUUGCUUGUUAUUGUGGCAGAUUUUGAUUGGAUUUGAAUGUGGGACUGUGGUGUUGUGGGACCUGAAAUGCAAAAAAGCUGACUACCGCUACAAUCAUGAUGAGGUAAGGCAUCUUUCUAUGGUUGUUGGUUCCUGUGGGGACUGACUGGGGAGAGAGGAAGUUGCAUUUAGACUGAUUAUGUAACACUAUUGGAAAAAGAAUGUGUUAGAGAGCUCCUUUUCUGAAUGUCUUGAGAUCCACAUCACAACUUGUUGUUAUUAUUUCCCGCUGUUUCUUCUUCUCUGUGUAUCUUUAUCCUCCAGGCUAUCCACUCAGUACACACUGUGUUUAUUCUUCUCUGUGUAUCUUUAUCCUCCAGGCUAUCCACCCAGUACACACUGUGUUUCUUCUUCUCUGUGUAUCUUUAUCCUCCAGGCUAUCCACUCAGUACACACUGUGUUUCUCCUUCUUCUCUGUGUAUCUUUAUCCUCCAGGCUAUCCACUCAGUACACACUGUGUUUCUCCUUAUUCUCUGUGUAUCAUUAUCCUCCAGGCUCUCCACUCAGUACACACUGUGUUUCUUCUUCUUCUCUGUGUAUCUUUAUCCUCCAGGCUAUCCACUCAGUACACACUGUGUUUCUCCUUCUUCUCUGUGUAUCUUUAUCCUCCAGGCUAUCCACUCAGUACACACUGUGUUUCUUCAUCUUUCUGUGUAUCUGCUUAACGAUUACAGGUUGACACAGGAGUGAAAAAUCAUACCUGUCCCGUCUUGUCCUGUCAACAUUUUUCCCGUACUGUCCUGAUCCCGCAACAGUUCUAUAACCCCGGAACUUUCCUGUCCCGUCCCAAUAAAAAUCACUCCCCUCCCGUGCAAAUUUUUACGCGCAGAAAUAACUUCCUCUGUUAGCUGCUCGUCUGUCUGUCCCAGCUCUGCAUGUGAGUAACCAUAGCAACUGCUCCGUUUUGGCUGCUGCUCACUACUCACCAGACAGUAGCCUGCCCUGCACACACAGCUGAUAACAACUAAAUUACCAGAUUUUGGCAAUGAAGGCAGCCCUCUUCUACUUAUUCAGAGUCAGAUGAACUCAUGAUAUGGACAUAUGCAUUUGUGUAUGUCUCCGCCUGCAUUUUGAAGGAACUAUUGGGCUUGACCGGUAACGUUGUUGGUAGUAGAGCAGCUAGGCGUGUACUCGGUUCCUUCAUGCCAAACACAACUCUAAUACAUUUUGUUAAAACAUCGCUCUUUCUUUUUAAUGGCUUUAAUGUUAGUGAUGGGUCCUUGGCUGCAACGAGAUGUUGCAAUUCCUCUCUUGAAGGAAUCAUCAUCAUUCACUGACGUACGUUGGCAUCUGAGGUAAAGUAGUGACUGGCUACACUUGGAGCGAGGAGCGAGAGUGAGCCGACAGAAGGGGAAAGGGGAACUGACCAUAGAUUCUUUAAGUAGAUUUUUAUGAAGUAAACUAUAAUGGGCCUACACACAGUAUUUAUUUAUUUUAUGAAAUGCUCCACACAUUACAUAGUCCUGUUCCUGUGUCAACCUUUAGUAUCCUCCCCUCUUUCAGGCCAUCCACUCAGUAGCCUGGCACCAUGAGGGAAAACAGUUCACCUGCAGCCACUCAGAUGGAACUCUGACCACAUGGAAUGUACGGGUCCCCGCCAAGCCUACAAUCACCAUCACACCACACGGUAUGUUCUGAUGCACACACAGACAACACCAGGGGUCUCAAUGGCAUCAGGAAGACAGAUGGAUGGAAACAGCACAACAUACGAAAGCAUGCCCAAAUUAGUCCGAUAAUAGACUAUGGCUACAAUAUGUUAAUGUGUGCUUUUAAUUGCAUGUGUUUAGUACAGUUGUAUUUAUCAUUGUACAGAAAAUUUUGUUUUUUUCUGUGCACAAUUCCCUCCCAGGUAAGCAGCCCAAGGAUGGAAAGAAGCCAGAACCAUGCAAACCUAUCCUCAAAGUGGAGUAUAAAACGACUAGAGCUGGGUGAGUGGUUGGUUGUCCUAAUAUCCAGAAAGGCAUGACCAUGUGAUCUGUCUUGGUUAUUUAUUGAACGUCUUUAUUUCGUACCCAGGGACGCCUUCAUGGUCAUGUCUGGAGGCCUGUCCUAUGACACGGGGUGCAGGAGGUCCUGUCUGACGGUGAUACAUGGGAAGAGUACUGCCAUCCUGGAGAUGGACUAUCCCAUCGUAGACUUCCUCACGCUCUGCGAAACACCUUAUCCUAAUGGUGAGUUACAGUAUAGCACUGUUACUGAAACACCUUAUCCUAAUGGUGAGUUACAGUAUAGCACUGUUACUGAAACACCUUAUCCUAAUGGUGAGUUACAGUAUAGCACUGUUACUGAAACACCUUAUCCUAAUGGUGAGUUACAGUAUAGCACUGUUACUGAAACACCUUAUCCUAAUGGUGAGAUAUACAGUAUAGCACUGUUACUGAAACACCUUAUCCUAAUGGUGAGUUACAGUAUAGCACUGUUACUGAAACACCUUAUCCUAAUGGUGAGUUACAGUAUAGCACUGUUACUGAAACACCUUAUCCUAAUGGUGAGUUACAGUAUAGCACUGUUACUGAAACACCUUAUCCUAAUGGUGAGUUACAGUAUAGCACUGUUACUGAAACACCUUAUCCUAAUGGUGAGUUACAGUAUAGCACUGUUACUGAAACACCAUAUCCUAAUGGUGAGUUACAGUAUAGCACUGUUACUGAAACACCUUAUCCUAAUGGUGAGUUACAGUAUAGCACUGUUACUGAAACACCUUAUCCUAAUGGUGAGUUACAGUAUAGCACUGUUACUGAAACACCUUAUCCUAAUGGUGAGUUACAGAAUAGCACUGUUACUGAAACACCUUAUCCUAAUGGUGAGUUACAGUAUAGCACUGUUACUGAAACACCUUAUCCUAAUGGUGAGUUACAGUAUAGCACUGUUACUGAAACACCUUAUCCUAAUGGUGAGUUACAGAAUAGCACUGUUACUGAAACACCUUAUCCUAAUGGUGAGUUACAGUAUAGCACUGUUACUGAAACACCUUAUCCUAAUGGUGAGUUACAGUAUAGCACUGUUACUGAAACACCUUAUCCUAAUGGUGAGUUACAGAAUAGCACUGCUACUGAAACACCUUAUCCUAAUGGUGAGUUACAGUAUAGCACUGUUACUGAAACACCUUAUCCUAAUGGUGAGUUACAGUAUAGCACUGUUACUGAAACACCUUAUCCUAAUGGUGAGUUACAGUAUAGCACUGUUACUGAAACACCUUAUCCUAAUGGUGAAUUACAGUAUAGCACUGUUACUGAAACACCUUAUCCUAAUGGUGAGUUACAGUAUAGCACUGUUACUGAAACACCUUUAUCCUAAUGGUGAGUUACAGUAUAGCACUGUAACUGAAACACCUUAUCCUAAUGGUGAGUUACAGUAUAGCACUGUUACUGAAACACCUUAUCCUAAUGGUGAAUUACAGUAUAGCACUGUUACUGAAACACCUUAUCCUAAUGGUGAGUUACAGUAUAGCACUGUUACUAAAACACCUUUAUCCUAAUGGUGAGUUACAGUAUAGCACUGUUACUGAAACACCUUAUCCUAAUGGUGAGUUACAGUAUAGCACUGUUACUGAAACACCUUAUCCUAAUGGUGAGUUACAGUAUAGCACUGUCACUGAAACACCUUAUCCUAAUGGUGAGUUACAGUAUAGCACUGUUACUGAAACACCUUAUCCUAAUGGUGAAUUACAGUAUAGCACUGUUACUGAAACACCUUAUCCUAAUGGUGAGUUACAGUAUAGCACUGUUACUAAAACACCUUUAUCCUAAUGGUGAGUUACAGUAUAGCACUGUUACUGAAACACCUUAUCCUAAUGGUGAGUUACAGUAUAGCACUGUGACUGAAACACCUUAUCCUAAUGGUGAGUUACAGUAUAGCACUGUUACUGAAACACCUUAUCCUAAUGGUGAGGUUACAGUAUAGCACUGUUACUGAAACACCUUAUCCUAAUGGUGAGGUUACAGAAUAGCACUGUUACUGAAACACCUUAUCCUAAUGGUGAGUUACAGUAUAGCACUGUUACUGAAACACCUUAUCCUAAUGGUGAGGUUACAGAAUAGCACUGUUACUGAAACACCUUAUCCUAAUGGUGAGUUACAGUAUAGCACUGUUACUGAAACACCUUAUCCUGAUGGUAAGUAACAGUAUUAUAGCACUGUUACUGAAACACCAUAUCCUAACGCCUCGAUCACACCGACAGCGUCAUUGCGUUUUGGUACACCAGAGGUACAUUCAUUUCCAAUGGAACGCUGCGUUUGCCUUGCAGCAUUGCGUUGCAGAGGCAGUUGCAGUGCGUUCUGUGUGGUGCAUACGUUGGAUUUAUCGAACAUAUGCGUCAAACUGUAUGCGUAGACGGCUUGACAGAAAUGGUAGCAGAAGGUGAAUGUUGAACUUUUGUUGCACACAUAUCCAGAUGAUGCUGCGUACCAUGUUGCGCAAUGACGCUGUCGGUGUGAUUGAGGCGUAAUGGUAAAUGACAGUAUAAUAGCACUGUGACUGAAACACCUUAUCCUAAUGGUGAGUUACAGUAUAGCACUGUGACUGAAACACCUUAUCCUAAUGGUGAGUUACAGUAUAGCACUGUGACUGAAACACCAUAUCCUAAUGGUGAGUUACAGUAUAGCACUGUGACUGAAACACCUUAUCCUAAUGGUGAGUUACAGUAUAGCACUGUUACUGAAACACCUUAUCCUAAUGGUGAGUUACAGUAUAGCACUGUGACUGAAACACCUUAUCCUAAUGGUGAGUUACAGUAUAGCACUGUGACUGAAACACCUUAUCCUAAUGGUGAGUUACAGUAUAGCACUGUGACUGAAACACCAUAUCCUAAUGGUGAGUUACAGUAUAGCACUGUGACUGAAACACCUUAUCCUAAUGGUGAGUUACAGUAUAGCACUGUGACUGAAAAACCUUAUCCUAAUGGUGAGUUACAGUAUAGCACUGUGACUGAAACACCUUAUCCUAAUGGUGAGUUACAGUAUAGCACUGUGACUGAAACACCUUAUCAUAAUGGUGAGUUACAGUAUAGCACUGUGACUGAAACACCUUAUCCUAAUGGUGAGUUACAGUAUAGCACUGUGACUGAAACACCAUAUCCUAAUGGUGAGUUACAGUAUAGCACUGUGACUGAAACACCUUAUCCUAAUGGUGAGUUACAGUAUAGCACUGUGACUGAAACACCUUAUCCUAAUGGUGAGUUACAGUAUAGCACUGUGACUGAAACACCAUAUCCUAAUGGUGAGUUACAGUAUAGCACUGUGACUGAAACACCAUAUCCUAAUGGUGAGUUACAGUAUAGCACUGUGACUGAAACACCAUAUCCUAAUGGUGAGUUACAGUAUAGCACUGUGACUGAAAUACCAUAUCCUAAUGGUGAGUUACAGUAUAGCACUGUGACUGAAACACCAUGCUUCCAUAGUGUUCAUCUGUAUCUGUCAAAAUUCAGUUUGAAAUGCAAAUUGGAUAAGGAUACAUUUUGGCAGCUUAUGCUUCCAUGUUUAACACUGUCCUUAGGAAAAAAAAUGUAUCAAGAAAGUUGAAUGUUGUUUUUUUCUGCUUCCUCACAGAUUUCCAGGAGCCUUAUGCUGUAGUUGUCCUCUUGGAAAAGGAUUUAGUUGUCAUCGACCUUGGACAAAUUGGGUGAGUCUUGUAGUUACAAUAUGCUACAGUAUGCUUACUUUCAUGAUUACUAAUGUUGGCACGAUGCAUGGAACGAUGGCCUGCUGUUUGCUAACUUCAGUAGUAGGGCAGAGGGGUUGGAAUAAAAACAGAAGCCAAGUUUCCAUUGGACAUCCGUGUACAUUAGACCAAUAAAGUAAUCUUCUAAAUCUCAUCAAUCUCUUUUUUCCCUUUUGAUUGACAGGUACCCAAUAUUUGAGAACCCGUACCCUCUGUCGAUCCACGAGUCUCCAGUGACGUGCGUGGAGUACUUUGCUGACUGCCCUCCUGAACUCAUACCUGCACUUUACUCUGUGGGCUCCCGGCAAAACAGGCAGGGUUACAGUAAGAAGGUAAUGUGUCCCACUUUUAAAAAACGGUUAUAGCGUAUGGCAGUUCUAUUAUUUUGAAUCGUGUCUAUGUGGUCACAAGGUUAUUGUUGUGUACUAAACCCUUUUUUUUUGUAUUUCCAGGAAUGGCCUAUAAGUGGUGGUAACUGGGGUCAAGGCACACUGAGCUACCCUGAGAUCAUCAUCACUGGGUGAGUACCUACCGAACACCUGAAGGCUGGCACGGAAACCAUAGAGAUCCUAUAAUUCUAUACGGAAUUCUUUAGACGUCUAUGUCCACAACACAUACCUAACAUUAACUGUAUUACCAUUAUGUAUUUACGACGUGUUUACAAACAAAGCUUGUUCCCGGCUUCCUUUUUUGCAAUGAACAGACAUGCUGAUGGAUCAAUCAAGUUUUGGGACGCUUCUGCAAGUGAGUAUGUUGUUUAAUUUGAUUCCUUCGAUUAUAUAGUUGGAUGAAAUAAGAAUACCACAACGGUUCGUCCAUUUUGUGAAUACAUUUUAUUAAUUUGUGUACAGUAUGUAGACCCAAUGAUACCUGUAGAUCAAUGCUCAUAGUUCAUUAUAAUAUACAUUAACAUUAUAUUUUAUUCAUUUAGCAGAUGCUCUUAUCCAGAUCGACUUACAGGAGCAAUUAGGGUUAAGUGCCUUGCUCAAGGGCACAUGGACAGAUUUUUCACCAAGUCGGCUCUGGGAUUCGAACAAGCGACGCGUUACUGGCCCAACACUCUUAACCACUAGACUACCUGCCACCCCAUUGUCCCCCUUCCUCUGUCCUAGUAAUGCUCCAAGUACUGUACAAACUGAAGACUGCCAAGGUGUUUGAGAAGGCUCUAAAGGGCGGUAAGGAGGAGAAGCCGAGCACAGAGAUAGUGGAUGAGGAUCCCUUUGCCAUCCAGACCUUGUCGUGGUGCCCAGAGAGCAGAGUGCUGUGUGUGGCCGGAGUCUCAGCCCACGUCAUCAUCUAUAGGUUCAGCAAACAGGAAAUGACCACAGAGGUGGUGCAGGUAACCAUAGCAACUCAAUAUUAGCAAGGUGUUCCUAAUGUUUUGUACACUGUUUUAUUGUAUACCAGGAUGUGUUGGUGUAUUACAGGGAUGUGUGGGUGUAUACCAAGGAUGUGUGGGUGUAUUACAGGGAUGUGUGGGUGUAUACCAAGGAUGUGUGGGUGUAUUACAGGGAUGUGUGGGUGUAUACCAAGGAUGUGUGGGUGUAUUACAGGGAUGUGUGGGUGUAUACCAGGGAUGUGUGGGUGUAUACCAGGGAUGUGUGGGUGUAUACCAGGGAUGUGUGGGUGUAUACCAGGGAUGUGUGGGUGUAUACCAGGGAUGUGUGGGUGUAUACCAGGGAUGUGUGGGUGUAUACCAGGGAUGUGUGGGUGUAUACCAGGGAUGUGAGGGUGUAUUACAGGGAUGUGUGGGUGUAUUACAGGGAUGUGUGGGUGUAUACCAGGGAUGUGUGGGUGUAUACCAGGGAUGUGUGGGUGUAUACCAGGGAUGUGUGGGUGUAUUACAGGGAUGUGUGGGUGUAUACCAGGGAUGUGUGGGUGUAUACCAGGGAUGUGUGGGUGUAUUACAGGGAUGUGUGGGUGUAUACCAGGGGUGUGUGGGUGUAUUACAGGGAUGUGUUUUUUACCUGACUAAUCAGGAAUUCCUGCUUUUCUGGAAUCACCUGCUAUUGAUAACAAAUUCAACUUUUCCAAUUCCUAAUUUAUUACAUUUAUCUUUGAUAUUUUUCCUGAUUUUCCGUGUUCCCGGCUAUUAAUAUCCCUGUUUUAGUGUUUAUGUUUAUAGAUAAUAUUACUAGAUAUUUGUGCUCUCUCUCUCCUCAGCUGUUGGAGGUGCGUAUGCAGGGUGAGCUGAACGAUGUGGAUUCUCCAGACCCAGCAGGAGACCAUCCUCCCACCCCCUCUACCCCAGUACCCCCCUCCUCCUCCAGCCCCACCCAGGAGGGAGAGCCCCCUGAGGCCCAGCCCUUCACCUCUGAUGACGGGCCCAGAGAUAACGUACCAUGCCUCAAGUAUGGACCACCAGACAGUGCAUGUUCUUUUCCUGCCAGGCGUUGACAUUUUCUAUUGUAGACUUCAAAACUCCAAUAUUCUGUUUUAUUACAAAAAGUGCCAUCCAUGAAGAUAAUAUAAUAAUAUGUAGGCUAUUUGUAUGUAAGAUUAAUGCACAUACAAAUGCAUGCAAAUGCAUUAUAAACAGUGAACAAUAGGUGAUGGUGUAGCGGUGUAUCUAGAUACAGUAAGGACUGUUCACUGCAUGUUGUCUGGUGUGUCGUGUCUCUGCAGGGUCCGGAGCUCCCCUCUGAAGCAGUCUCCUGGGUACCAGGUGGAGCUGGUCAUUCAGCUGGUCUGGGUUAGUGGGGAGCCGCCUCAGCAGAUCACCAGCCUGGCCGUCAACUCCUCAUAUGGACUGUAAGUCUGUCCGUCCGUCCGUCUGUCUGUCAGUAUGAAACACUGGUCAAGGUGUACAUUAGACACAUCACCUACUGUUGAAUUCAUGCAGCGAGCAGAGAUCACAGACAAAUGGAAUAUACUGUAAUAUUAAUUUUUUGGUCCACCAGCCACUGUGGCAGGUAGAUUUAAAAAUCUACCAGCCACUCAGAUGUUUUACCAGCCAAAAUGUUUUUUUUUUGUGACCUGAGUCUUUUAACCAAAAUAUCACAGAUUAGACAAAAAUGUUCACCUGCCCCUUUAAGGUCUUGAGGUUACCCCAGGAGCGCAACUCCAGUCAUGUUUGUGCCUGUGUGAUUGAGUCUGACUAAUAGAGGCGUUGUCUUCUCUUCCCUAGCAGUUGAAACUCAAACAUAGAAAUACAACCUGGCUUGUGAACAAAACAAUGUAAAUAGCCAAGAAACACAAGGACAAAGUCUCACUUCAGUAGACUUUUAUUUCAAGUAAAUUAGACCAACCUUUAUGCCUGUGCCAGUGCUUCUAAGAAAUGAAUAUUUCACUCAGCUCUUCACUUGCACACAGCUAUGGAGCGAGAUACCUGCCAAAAGGUUUAACGUACGUAUCUUAAGGAUAGUAAGAAAAUCCAUACGGAAACUGUUAGGAUCGUAUGAAAAGCCAUGCGUGAAACAUUAAAUGUAAACGUGAAAUUUCAUCUGUGAACAUACAAACACUGUGUUACGAUUACGGACUAACAUUUUAGGCUUGAACUAAUCUUGUGUUGCAAUUCUGACAUACAAUAAUACCUUUCAGAGUUUUGGCAGUUUCAUCUCACCAACAAAAAAUACGUACAAUAAACAGUAUAAAAGACGGAAGUCAUGGAAACCGGAAAGAGGCAUCGUGCAUGUUUUCAAGUUAAAAGUCUCCAUUCUCUGUUACUCCUCAGUUGAGUUUACUUCACAUUUAGGUAGCUAAUGUAAUAGAUUUGUUUACCAGCGCAAGUCUAGAUAGCACCAGCUGUAUUAUGCCUACAACAGUGACGUUUCAGUCCGCUAGGUCAGUGGUUCCUGACCUGGGGUCCGCGCCCCCAUUAGGCAUGAUCUCAGUCGCUUUGAGGUCAAACAUGCAUAACAUUUUCCACUAUAAUUUAAUUGUAAAAUUAAUACAUUUUUAAAUGUUAUUAAAAAUCCUAUGCUUGCAAUGCCAAGGCCAAUCUAAAAAAUAACAAUAAUGGCAGAGAAAUGUAAAAGCGGGAAUUCCACGUCAAUGACCUGCGCUCAAUCAAUUUCAGCUAGCAGCUUGUUUUUCCUGCAGUCAGAGCAAAUAAAAUUUAAUACAAUUUUAUUGGCCACAUGCGCCGAAUACAACAGGUGCAGACAUUACAGUGAAAUGCUUACUUACAGCCCUUAACCAACAGUGCAUUUAUUUUUAAUAAAAAAGUAAAAUAAAACAACAACAAAAAAGUGUUGAGAAAAAAAGAGCAGAAGUAAAAUAAAAUAACAGUAGGGAGGCUAUAUAUACAGGGGGGUACCGGUGCGGGGGCACUGGCUAGUUGAGGUAGUUGAAGUAAUAUGUACAUGUGGGUAGAGUUAAAGUGACUAUGCAUAAAUAAUUAACAGAGUAGCAGCAGCGUAAAAAGAUGGGGUGGGGGGUGGGGUGGGGGGGCAGUGCAAAUAGUCCGGGUAGCCAUGAUUAGCUGUUCAGGAGUCUUAUGGCUUGGGGGUAGAAGCUGUUGAGAAGUCUUUUGGACCUAGACUUGGCACUCCGGUACCGCUUGCCGUGUGGUAGCAGAGAGAACAAUCUAUGACUAGGGUGGCUGGAGUCUUUGACAAUUUUGAGGGCCUUCCUCUGACACCGCCUGGUAUAGAGGUCCUGGAUGGCAGGAAGCUUGGCCCCAGUGAUGUACUGGGCCGUACGCACUACCCUCUGUAGUGCCUUGCGGUCGGAGGCCAAGCAGUUGCCAUACCAGGUGGUAAUGCAACCUGUCAGGAUGCUCUCGAUGGUGCAGCUGUAGAAUUAUUUGAGGAUCUGAGGACCCAUGCCAAAUCUUUUCAGUCUCCUGAGGGGGAAUAGGCUGUGCCCUGUUCACGACUGUCUUGGUGUGUUUGGACCAUGAUAGUUCGUUGGUGAUGUGGACACCAAGGAACUUGAAGCUCUCAACCUGUUCCACAUUUUAUGAAUAAAACAACAUGUCUAAGAAACGUAAAAGUGCUGAUGACUCAUCAUCAAAAAAGAAAGUAAGGCUAUAUCUUGAGAGUUAUCUUAACUUCGGUUUUAUUGAAGGACAGGACAGGACUCGGCCAGAAUGUGUCAUUUGUGGCGAAAAGCUAGCUAGUGAUAGCAUGAAGCCAAGCAAAAUGCAACGACACCAGGAAACAAAACACCAGGAGACUAUUGGUGAAGGUCAGGAUUUUUUUGAGAGGAAGAAGAAGUUGGCACUAUUAAAAAGAUCACACAGACACCAGCUGUGUGAGGAUGAAGCGCAUCAAACACUGCUGUUACACACAGAGGUACGCUGGUUGUCACAUGGACAAGUGCUUUUGCGUUUUAUGGAACUGCAGGAAAAAAUAAAGGAAUUCUUGCAAGAUCACGAUCGACCACUGUGCGAACAGCUGACUGAUGCAUUUUGGAUCAAAACAGCAUACCUAGCGGAUACAUUCACUCUCUACAAUGAGACAAACAAGCAGAUGCAGGGUCCUGAAUCAAACGUCAUGCACUGCAAAGACGCUCUCGACGCUUUUGUGCGGAAAUUGGAGUACAGAGUUGGAAAAAUGUCAAAAGGGGAGCUAGAACAAUUUCCACUGCUGAUGAAACAGUCUGGUGGCAAUGUGCCUGCGUCUUUACGCACUGAGUUUACCAGGCACAUGAACAUGCUUCGGGAGGAAAUUAAAUCCUGUUUUGCCGAUGUUGACGAAUACUUAUUAAAGGAAUCGUGGGUGAUGGACCCUUACAUUUGCAGUCUCGAGGACGUGGAAUACCUCGGCUGUGAAGAUGAGCUUGCUGACCUUCAAGCCAAUUCUGUGUCAAAUAAGUAUUUCCACGAGAACAGAUACAAAACGUUUUUACUGUGGAGCCCUGGACCACCAGCCAACGUGGCUGGUGAAAUAGACAUCUUACCCGCCAAUGCCAAAAUCUAUCUGCAUUUGGCAGGUGGCGGGUGUUAAUUUUAGGCCCUGCUGUAACUGCAUCGAAGGCUUUAUUGGUUGCAUUUAGGGCUAAAAACGUUUUUCACUUUGUGUUGUUUCUAAAACUGCAGGUGACCCGAGUUCAGUAAAAAUGAUAACAUUCUCCUUUCCUCCCACAGUGUGGUGUUUGGCAACAGCAGCGGGCUGGUUGUAGUGGACUACCUUCAGAUGAUCCUCCUCCUGAACAUGGGCACGUCAGAACUGUACAGUCCCUCAGACCCCUACCAGAGACAGCCUCGGUCGCCUCGCAAGACACGACAGCCAUCUGGGGGUGAGGGGUUCCCUGCACGCUUUCCCAUCUUAAUGUUCAGCUGAGUAAGCUAAGGCGUGUAGCUAUGUUCCCAGAAAUUAAAGGGAGUAUGUUCACACAGAAUGUGGUGUCAAAAAGUCUCCAAUAUUAAAAUGUAGCUUCAAAUUUAUUGAAAAACAAAUAAAUAGUAUUGAAGGUAUUGGAAAAACCAUCCCGUGGCUUUAUAUGUAUAUACAGUGGGGGAAAAAAGUAUUUAGUCAGCCACCAAUUGUGCAAGUUCUCCCACUUAAAAAGAUGAGAGAGGCCUGUAAUUUUCAUCAUAGGUACACGUCAACUAUGACAGACAAAUUGAGAAAAAAAUAUCCAGAAAAUCACAUUGUAGGAUUUUUAAUGAAUUUAUUUGCAAAUUAUGGUGGAAAAUAAGUAUUUGGUCACCUACAAACAAGCACGAUUUCUGGCUCUCACAGACCUGUAACUUCUUCUUUAAGAGGCUCCUCUGUACUCCACUCGUUACCUGUAUUAAUGGCACCUGUUUGAAUUUGUUGUCAGUAUAAAAGACACCUGUCCACAACCUCAAACAGUCACACUCCAAACUCCACUAUGGCCAAGACCAAAGAGCUGUCAAAGGACAUCAGAAACAAAAUUGUAGACCUGCACCAGGCUGGGAAGACUGAAUCUGCAAUAGGUAAGCAGCUUGGUUUGAAGAAAUCAACUGUGGGAGCAAUUAUUAGGAAAUGGAAGACAUACAAGACCACUGAUAAUCUCCCUCGAUCUGGGGCUCCACGCAAGAUCUCACCCCGUGGGGUCAAAAUGAUCACUAGAACGGUGAGCAAAAAUCCCAGAACCACACGGGGGGACCUAGUGAAUGACCUGCAGAGAGCUGGGACCAAAGUAACAAAGCCUACCAUCAGUAACACACUACGCCGCCAGGGACUCAAAUCCUGCAGUGCCAGACGUGUCCCCCUGCUUAAGCCAGUACAUGUCCAGGCCCGUCUGAAGUUUGCUAGAGUGCAUUUGGAUGAUCCAGAAGAGGAUUGGGAGAAUGUCAUAUGGUCAGAUGAAACCAAAAUAUAACUUUUUGGUAAAAACUCAACUCGUCGUGUUUGGAGGACAAAGAAUGCUGAGUUGCAUCCAAAGAACACCAUACCUACUGUGAAGCAUGGGGGUGGAAACAUCAUGCUUUGGGGCUGUUUUUCUGCAAAGGGACCAGGACGACUGAUCCGUGUAAAGGAAAGAAUGAAUGGGGCCAUGUAUCGUGAGAUUUUGAGUGAAAACCUCCUUCCAUCAGCAAGGGCAUUGAAGAUGAAACGUGGCUGGGUCUUUCAGCAUGACAAUGAUCCCAAACACACCGCCCGGGCAACGAAGGAGUGGCUUCGUAAGAAGCAUUUCAAGGUCCUGGAGUGGCCUAGCCAGUCUCCAGAUCUCAACCCCAUAGAAAAUCUUUGGAGGGAGUUGAAAGUCAGUGUUGCCCAGCGACAGCCCCAAAACAUCACUUCUCUAGAGGAGAUCUGCAUGGAGGAAUGGGCCAAAAUACCAGCAACAGUGUGUGAAAACCUUGUGAAGACUUACAGAAAACGUUUGACCUGUGUCAUUGCCAACAAAGGGUAUAUAACAAAGUAUUGAGAAACUUUUGUUAUUGACCAAAUACUUAUUUUCCACCAUAAUUUGCAAAUAAAUUCAUAAAAAAUCCUACAAUGUGAUUUUCUGGAUUUUCUUUCCUCAUUUUGUCUGUCAUAGUUGACGUGUACCUAUGAUGAAAAUUACAGGCCUCUCUCAUCUUUUUAAGUGGGAGAACUUGCACAAUUGGUGGCUGACUAAAUACUUUUUUUCCCCACUGUAGGUAUUCACUAUAUACAGGAUACCACCCAAGCCUACCUCACACGCUGGGCAGACCAUUUGGCUUCACACCCCUGAGUACCCCACCCCCUGCAGUAGCAUCUCUCUCUUAACAGGAGGCAUCACUGAUGGACUGUCCAUCUGUUCAGUGACGCUGAAGCCACAGAGAAACAUGCGUAUCAUGACUGGGCUCUGUCUGUGCCGUGAUUGGAGUGGCCUGCUUUUUUGCUUCAGUUGGUCCAAAGUAAUUGUACAUUUUGUAGCACUGUACACAAACACAUUAGAGAGUAGGGCUUCAUGCUUGCUGUUGCUUCUGACUCCUGUGUUAUUUCUGUCACCAUACAUGCUAUCUUUCUCUAUCUUGCCAUACUUCCUCUAAUGAUCUGUCUCUCUGUCUUGCCAUCCUUCCUCUAAUGAUCUCUCUCUGUCUUGCCAUCCUUCCUCUAAUGAUCUGUCUCUCUGUCUUGCCAUCCUUCCUCUAAUGAUCUGUCUCUGUCUUGCCAUACUUCCUCUAAUGAUCUGUCUCUCUGUCUUGCCAUCCUUCCUCUAAUGAUCUCUCUCUGUCUUGCCAUCCUUCCUCUAAUGAUCUGUCUCUCUGUCUUGCCAUCCUUCCUCUAAUGAUCUGUCUCUCUGUCUUGUCAUCCUUCCUCUAAUGAUCUGUCUCUCUGUCUUGCCAUCCUUCCUCUAAUGAUCUGUCUCUGUCUUGCCAUCCUUCCUCUAAUGAUCUGUCUCUGUCUUGCCAUACUGCCUCUAAUGAUCUGUCUCUCUGUCUUGCCAUCCUUCCUCUAAUGAUCUCUCUCUGUCUUGCCAUACUUCCUCUAAUGAUCUGUCUCUGUCUUGCCAUACUUCCUCUAAUGAUCUGUCUCUCUGUCUUGCCAUCCUUCCUCUAAUGAUCUCUCUCUGUCUUGCCAUACUUCCUCUAAUGAUCUGUCUCUCUGUCUUGUCAUCCUUCCUCUAAUGAUCUGUCACUGUCUUGUCAUCCUUCCUCUAAUGAUCUCUCUCUGUCUUGCCAUCCUUCCUCUAAUGAUCUGUCUCUGUCUUGCCAUCCUUCCUCUAAUGAUCUGUCUCUGUCUUGUCAUACUUCCUCUAAUGAUCUGUCUCUGUCUUGCCAUACUUCCUCUAAUGAUCUGUCUCUGUCUAGUCAUCCUCUACCACUCAUGUUUCUCUUUGUGGUCCAUCCUCUCUUCAUUUCAUCCUUGGCUUAGUGAGCCUCCUGGUGUUCGGCAGCACUGGAUUUAAUACUCCUCUUCGGUCAUGCGUUGACUCAAAUGCUAAUAACCUAAGCCUACAAUUUCAAUUCAAUCACAAUUUGAGUCAUCUUGUCGUAAUUUGAUUUACAGAAAAAUUGUAUGAGAAUGAAUGUAUAUUUAAUGAAUUUACUAUUGGAGUGAAUGCAGUUGCUAGCCUCUGAGUCACUUUGCUUUUUUUCUGUUCUUCUGAUUUGCUAUCAUUGUUUUGUCUCACCUAUUUUCUACUGGUGGGCUCUCUCUAUGGCCUUGGAAAGACAUUUCCACUGUGACGUCUUGCAUUUCCCGCCUUUCUAUCUUUUAUACGUCUAUGAAAAAGACCUGUUAUUCUUCUAACUCCCGUAAGUCAUCUCAUGUUUAUCACACUCUUUCUUUUCUUCUCUCUAUCCAUCUCCCUCUUUCACUUCAAUCUGCCUUUUCUGUCAAGGCAGAUUCCUCUCACUCUGUUUGUUUCAAUCACCAUUUGUUUACAGUAUAUGCACUCAAACAACAUAUUUUAGCUGUCACUUUUUUUUUAAGUGUAUGAAUAGAUAGCUUAACUGGACAGAUAAUAUGAUUUUCAAAUGUAUGAUUUUGGAUAGAGAAUCUGAUUUUAUAGUAAAAAAAUAUUGCAAUUAUUCACAGCCUUAGUUUUUGUUAAUCACUUGCCUCAGAGUUUUCUUAACGAUGAAUCUUAGACUCACUUUGAGGCUAGUGUAUGGUGAACAGCAGUCUUUACUGUAGAACAUCCCGUUGGUCUAAGACACGUCUGUUCUCCACAGCUCUCAGUGAUAACAUCACGUUGGUCUAAGACACGUCUGUUCUCCACAGCUCUCAGUGAUAACAUCACGUUGGUCUAAGACACGUCUGUUCUCCACAGCUCUCAGUGAUAACAUCACGUUGGUCUAAGACACGUCUGUUCUCCACAGCUCUCAGUGAUAACAUCACGUUGGUCUAAGACACGUCUGUUCUCCACAGCUCUCAGUGAUAACAUCACGUUGGUCUAAGACAUGUCUGUUCUCCACAGCUCUCAGUGAUAACAUCACGUUGGUCUAAGACACGUCUGUUCUCCACAGCUCUCAGUGAUAACAUCACGUUGGUCUAAGACACGUCUGUUCUCCACAGCUCUCAGUGAUAACAUCACGUUGGUCUAAGACACGUCAGUUCUCCACAGCUCUCAGUGAUAACAUCACGUUGGUCUAAGACAUGUCUGUUCUCCACAGCUCUCAGUGAUAACAUCACGUUGGUCUAAGACACGUCUGUUCUCCACAGCUCCCAGUGAUAACAUCACGUUGGUCUAAGACACGUCUGUUCUCCACAGCUCUCAGUGAUAACAUCACGUUGGUCUAAGACACGUCUGUUCUCCACAGCUCCCAGUGAUAACAUCACGUUGGUCUAAGACACGUCUGUUCUCCACAGCUCUCAGUGAUAACAUCACGUUGGUCUAAGACACGUCUGUUCUCCACAGCUCUCAAUGAUAACAUCACGUUGGUCUAAGACACGUCUGUUCUCCACAGCUCUCAGUGAUAACAUCACGUUGGUGUAAGACAUGUCUGUUCUCCACAGCUCUCAGUGAUAACAUCACGUUGGUGUAAGACACGUCUGUUCUCCACAGCUCCCAGUGAUAACAUCACGUUGGUCUAAGACACGUCUGUUCUCCACAGCUCUGUGAUAACAUCACGUUGGUCUAAGACACGUCUGUUCUCCACAGCUCUGUGAUAACAUCACGUUGGUCUAAGACACGUCUGUUCUCCACAGCUCUCAGUGAUAACAUCACGUUGGUGUAAGACACGUCUGUUCUCCACAGCUCUCAGUGAUAACAUCACGUUGGUCUAAGACAUGUCUGUUCUCCACAGCUCUCAGUGAUAACAUCACGUUGGUCUAAGACAUGUCUGUUCUCCACAGCUCUCAGUGAUAACAUCACGUUGGUCUAAGACACGUCUGUUCUCCACAGCUCUCAGUGAUAACAUCACGUUGGUGUAAGACAUGUCUGUUCUCCACAGCUCUCAGUGAUAACAUCACGUUGGUGUAAGACACGUCUGUUCUCCACAGCUCCCAGUGAUAACAUCACGUUGGUCUAAGACACGUCUGUUCUCCACAGCUCUGUGAUAACAUCACGUUGGUCUAAGACACGUCUGUUCUCCACAGCUCUCAGUGAUAACAUCACGUUGGUCUAAGACAUGUCUGUUCUCCACAGCUCUCAGUGAUAACAUCACGUUGGUCUAAGACACGUCUGUUCUCCACAGCUCUCAGUGAUAACAUCACGUUGGUGUAAGACAUGUCUGUUCUCCACAGCUCUCAGUGAUAACAUCACGUUGGUGUAAGACACGUCUGUUCUCCACAGCUCCCAGUGAUAACAUCACGUUGGUCUAAGACACGUCUGUUCUCCACAGCUCUGUGAUAACAUCACGUUGGUCUAAGACACGUCUGUUCUCCACAGCUCUGUGAUAACAUCACGUUGGUCUAAGACACGUCUGUUCUCCACAGCUCUCAGUGAUAACAUCACGUUGGUGUAAGACACGUCUGUUCUCCACAGCUCUCAGUGAUAACAUCACGUUGGUCUAAGACAUGUCUGUUCUCCACAGCUCUCAGUGAUAACAUCACGUUGGUCUAAGACAUGUCUGUUCUCCACAGCUCUCAGUGAUAACAGCGAUGGAAACAACGCUUCAGAGGAGAAAAGCAACAAGUCACCAACGUCAGGUAACAUUUAAUUCUCCAUUACUGCAUAAUACAAAACGCAAUCUACCCUUUUCUUGAACAAGUAAAAAAUAUACAACAUUCUGUAUAUCCAUUUAGCUGCUUGUCAGUAUCAAGGAGUGUCGAAUAAGUUGAUGUCCCCUGAAGUGUUGUUGUCACCAUAUAGGCGCUACGUCACCCACCAGUUCAGACGAUGAACACAAACAGAAAAGGUUUAUAGAGAUGGGUACUGUAUUACAUUGAUAAAUCAACAAGAUCUACAGAGCUUCAUUCUACCCAAACUUUCUGGCCGUCGGAAAUGCAAUGCAAUUUUACAUUUGCCUUUGUCUUUUUAAAAUACAUUUGCAGUGAAGUCCAAAAGCAGGCGGUUUUCCAAGAUGGUUGCCAAUGACUUUGGUAGUGUAUGAUCCUAGUGUUAUAAACUCUACUGCUUUCUCUCUUACCGACUUCACUGGGCUUCUAACCAAGGCAAUGCCCUAAUCCAACAUGGCCAACCACACUGGGUUUCUAAACAAGGCUGUGCCCUAAUCCAACAUGGUCUCUUACCGACUUCACUGGGCUUCUAACCAAGGUUGUGCCACAAUCCUAAGCAUCAUGUGCUAAUGAAGGUGAUGGAGAAGAAACAUGUACUCAAUCUGUGGGUUGUUUUUGUCAAUCACAAGGUGGCUGAUGGUCUAUAAAAGUGAUCCUCUGCACUUUGUCAAAUGCAUGAUUGAUAGAGGGGUAUCCACUUGUAUCUCUUAGGACCAAAUUUACUAUGCUUUUUUGCACAUGAGUAAAAUCACUGUAGGACCUGUUCUCUCUAGAGGGAAUAUAAUGUGAAAUGUAAAAUAAAGAUCACUAAAAACAUUUGUUUCUAAAUCACUCAAAUCUAAAAGUGGUGCACGUUUUCACUGGUUCAAAUGUAUAGUAACUCUGACCAUUAAUCUCUUAACAAGAUUCGGUUUGACCCAAAAACAAAACAUUAUUACAGGGCUUUGAUACUUGAUUAUUCACUUUAAUGAUUUUCCCUCCCUGUCCUCCCCAGUCAAAUAACCAAUAUUCAAUCUCUUUUUCUUGUCUACCUCUUGCUUAGUUGGACAUUACAGGCGUGUGUGUGUGUACGUGUGUGUACGUGUGUGUGUGCGCGCGCGUGCACGUGCGUGCGUGCGUGCGUGCGUGCGUGCGUGCGAGCGAUCGAGAUGCACUCAAUGACCGGCUGCCUCUGAGUCUCAAUGCUAAUUCUACAUUCUAAUUCUACAGUCUCCUCUCAAACUGUUUGCCAAUGAAUGACAGAUGACACAAGUUGCUGAAAGCGAUCAAAACAAGUAGCAUUUUAAUGGAUCAUUGUAUUUGACAUUCAGUUUGCUUGAUUCCAAAGUAUUAAUUUGUAAAGAGGGUAUGUUUUUAUUUAAUUUAUUUAUUUGUAUUUAUUUUUCUUGCAGCCAAGAUGUCAAGGAAAAUGAGCUCGCCUACAGAGCAAAAGACAGGCCUGGGUAAGCCCUUCUAACUUAGUGUUGUUUACAUUCUCUAGUAGCCCAUUUACCUUUCAGAUGCUGUUCUAUUCCCACUUCCUAAUUACACCAAACUUUCCUUACUGUUUCAAUGUUCAUACAUUUUUGUUUUGUUUGUGAGUGUGAAGCCCUAGACUGGUAGAAGCAGCCUAAUAGCUGCGUUUGCAUUGUGCAACACGAUCAGGCUGGUUCCACCAGGCUAAUAGCUGCGUUUGCAUUGUGCAACACGAUCAGGCUGGUUCCACCAGCCUAAUAGCUGCGUUUGCAUUGUGCAACACGAUCAGGCUGGUUCCACCAGGCUAAUUGGAGCCUGACCUGUAAGGAAGACGUGUCACUGAAUGUGUAAAAUUCAAAUUCUGUUAUCUUGUAAUCUGGUAAACUGAGACACAUGUACUCUCUGUUUGGCCUCGUACUCUCUGUGAGCAGAGGAGAGGGUGCGACGGCAGCGCUCUCUCCCAUAUAAGAGGUGCUUUUGUUGUAUGAAGGAGGGCAAGGCGUCCAGGAGCCUUCUCUACGUUCAUAGGACUCUCUCGGUCCCUGACGUCAGUGAGUGGACCAGUCGUGUAGUCUGCGUCUGAAAUGGCACCCUAUUCCCUAUAUAGUGCUCUACAAUUGACCAGGGCCCGCAUAGGGCUUUGAUCAAAAGUAGUGCACUAUAUAUGGAAUAGGGUGCCAUUGAAUUGGGCUGGAGUGGGAUAACUGGUUAUGGUACUAACCUCCACCACUGCUGCAGGGGCCUCCUGUUCCUUGGUUUUGAACUUUGACCUUUGACACUAACUCUCUCUCUCACUGACUGACAGACUUGUUGGUUCCCUUGUUUAAUAUUGAGGGUGUCCAAUUACUGUUUGCAGUCAGUGUUGAAACUCCUGCUUUUCUUGUGUACUUCUCUGAAAUGGAAUGCAACAAUGAGUUUGACAAGUGCCAUGCUAUUCAAACUGCUAAACAUGUGGUAAAGUAUUGCCCCCUCCUGUCUCCUUAAGUUACAUACUGCAUAAGGAAGGUGUGACUUUUUCUAGACGUUUCACAUUGAGAACACACCUUCUUUGGCCAAAUGCUUUUGCAUAUUUGCAGUUUUGAAAACUAAAUUAACACAAUAUCUCAUGUAAUCUCUCAAUGAUGAAAUGCCAUGUGGUUUCUCUGGAAUGACCUUUAUUUGGUGCUACUGUAGUUCUUAAGAUGGGCGUUUCAUGUGCUGCUCCUUGUGUGCAUUGUGAAGAAAUGUGAUAUUUUUUCUCUAGCUUGGAUGUACCUCUGCAUAACUAACUUGCUCAUGAGACAAUGCAGGACUUCUCCUGAAUUUCAGAGCGUCUACAUGAAAGGUCACAGAUCUAACCUUCCGUUGGGUUAUUAACCACUCCUAUUUUCCUUUCCUAUUCCAACUAUAUCAAAGCAUCCACUUUCAUAUUAUCCCUCACUUCUCCUCUCUCUCUAUUGGUCUUCUCUCUAUAUACCAUCCUCACUAUUCACCAAUCACUAUCCACCAAUCACCAUUCUCCAUCCAUGAUCCACCAUCCUCCAUCCACCAUCCACCAAUCACCAUCCUCCAUCCAUUAUCCUCCAUCCUCCAUCCAGAUGCCAAGGACAGUUUGUUCAGCCGUUCGAGGAGUUCCAGUGUGACCAGUAUAGAGCGGGAGUCCCGCGAAGCUAUCUCCUCCUUCCACUUCAGUGAGAGUUUCCCCAGGAAGACAGACAGCAACCCCAGCCCCAGCCUGUGGGUGGGUACUACCCAGGGCACUGUCCUCGUCCUCUCCCUCAGUCUGCCACCCACAGGGGACCAGAGGCUGCAGCAACCUGUCGGAGUCUCGUCCUGUGGUAAGUGUGAUCGCUGAUAUGAGCUAGGUUUGCGUCCCAAAUUGAACCCUAUUGCCUAUGUAGUGCACUUCUUUUGACCAGGGCCCGUAGGGCAGCCCUGGUAAGCUUAAUGACAAUGAAUGACACAGUGGAGCCCAUUCAACUUUUCAGGUCUCGGACAAGGUUAGCCGGUUCACUGAACCAUCUCUGUGACAUCAGCAGAAGCAUUACCACUGUGGUGGCUUAAUCUGGAUGGAACUGGAAGGAAUAGUUUGCAUCUACACAUACUCCCACAAAUGUUCCAUAUAUUUCUCAGUUUCUUUGCAUGAAAGCAGUGGUUCCCAAUCUGUGGUUCGGUAGCACUAGUCGUCUGCAUGUUUACUGAAGGUUGUCAGCAAAUUAUAUAUUAUUAACAACAAUAUGAAAAUAGAUUUUUGAGAGAGAGAGCGAGAGGUCUAACUUGUCUCCAGCUGCUCUGAUUAUAAAUGUGUUUAUAAUGAAGCAAGAUGUCUAACCUGUCUCUUUCUAUGUCCUCCAGGUACUCUGGUCAGACUAAAAGGAGGUAUCCUGACUAUGGCCUUCCUGGACUCCCUUGGGGCGGUCCUUCCUCCUUCCUACGAGCCGUGGUCCGAGCCCAACGCUCCAGACGAGGAGAAGGAGGCGAGGAGCCGCCGGCCGGCCUCCCCACCCCCCACCCAGGAGGGUCAGGACAGCCAGUACGCUGUGGUGUGCUCAGAGAAACAGGCCAAGGUGGUGGGCCUGCCUUCCCAAUCCUGCUUCUUCAAGCACAACAUCACAGAGAGCUCCUUCGUGCUGAGAGCUGACGUGGUGCAGAUGGCUGCUGGACUCUGCCUCGCCUGCUUCUGUGCUAAUGGACACGUCAUGACUCUGAGGUACUCUUAAAGGCCCAGCCUGUGGUACUGUAGUUACUCUGAGGUACUCUUAAAGGCCCAGCCUGUGGUACUGUAGUUACUCUGAGGUACUCUGAAAGGCCCAGCCUGUGGUACUGUAGUUACUCUGAGGUACUCUGAAAGGCCCAGUCUGUGGUACUGUAGUUACUCUGAGGUACUCUGAAAGGCCCAGCCUGUGGUACUGUAGUUUACUCGUGAGGUACUCGAAAGGCCCAGCCUGUGGUACUGUAGUUACUCUGAGGUACUCUGAAAGGCCCAGCCUGUGGUACUGUAGUUACUCUGAGGUACUCUGAAAGGCCCAGCCUGUGGUACUGUAGUUACUCUGAGGUACUCUGAAAGGCCCAGCCUGUGGUACUGUAGUUACUCUGAGGUACUCUGAAAGGCCCAGCCUGUUGGUACUGUAGUUACUCUGAGGUACUCUGAAAGGCCCAUCUGUGGUACUGUAGUUACUCUGAGGUACUCUGAAAGGCCCAGUCUGUGUACUGUAGUUACUCUGAGGUACUCUGAAAGGCCCAGCCUGUGGUACUGUAGUUACUCUGAGGUACUCUGAAAGCCCAGCUGUGGUACUGUAGUUACUCUGAGGUACCUGAAAGGCCCAGCCUGUGUGGUACUGUAGUUACUCUGAGGUACUCUUAAAGGCCCAGCCUUGUACUGUUAUGUAAGUUACUCUGAGGUACUCUCUAAAGGCCCAGCCUGUUGGUACUGUAGUUACUCUGAUGUACUCUGAAAGGCCCAGUCUGUGGUACUGUAGUUACUCUGAGGUACUCUUAGUGUUACACACAGACCUCUCUGGUAUACUACACAGUGCUUACUUCAUUCAUACUGUUCGUAUGUCUCUCUCUCUCUCUGUCUCUCUCUCUGUCUCUCUCUCUGUCUCUCUUCCUUCUCUCUCUCCUCUCUCUCUCUCUCUCUCUCUCUCCCUCUUCUCUCUCUCUCUCCCUUCUCUCUCUCUCUCUCUCUCUCUCUCUCUCUCUCUCUCUCUACCUCUCUCCUCUAUCUCUCUCUCCUCUCUUCUCUCUCUCUCUCUCUCUCUUCUUCUCUCUGUCUCUCUGUCUCUCUGUCUCUCUCUCUCUCUCUCUCUUCCUCUCUCUCUUGUCUCUUCUCUCUGUCUCUCUCUCUCUCUCUCUCUCUGUCUCCCUCUCCCUCUCUCUCUUUCUUUCUUUCUUUCUUUCACGCUCCUCCCCCCCCCCCAGUCUACCCAGUCUCAGACCACUCCUGGAUGUGAACUACCUUCCCCUGACAGACAUGAGGAUAGCCCGGACCUUCUGCUUCUCCAACCUGGGCCAGGCUCUGUACCUCACCUCCCCCACUGAGAUACAGAGGAUCACAUACAGCCAGGAGACCUGCGACAAUCUACAGGUGUGUGUGUGUGCGCGUGUCUCUGUGCUGUGUGUGUGUGUUAGGGCUAUAAUGCUUUGCUUUUUUACUUUACCUUCUGUAAUGGUAUUUCAACGUUUGGUUUGUUAAAUGUGAUACGCCACUCCGCCACGUGUAACAUCUAUUUUUUAUAGUUUACUCUGUUUUGCUACUUGAGUCAUCUUCCUCCAUCCUCCUACUACACACACCAAGCCCUGCCCCCUGUCACUCAAGGAGAGCGGUUGUUGCUCGACCACGGAGUCACGACCACUUGCUGUUCACUCUGUCUGCAUGGUCAGAAGCAACAAGAUGUUGGUGACAACGAUGCUGCUUUCCACUUUGCUUCUUAAUAUAAAUCCACAUGUGUUCUAUAGUUACAAUAUUAGUUUGUGUAUCUUACUGUCAGCAAACAGCUACUGUGUCUUAGCAAGUUGUGGCUAAAAUAAAACGUGUUAAUGCUAAUUGCUCGCUAGCUAGCUAAAUGUGCUCAGAGUCAGAGCAAACAUACAGUGGCUUGCGAAAGUAUUCACCCCCCUUGGCAUUUUUCCUAUUUUGUUGCCUUACAACCUGGAAUUAAAAUUGAUUUUUGGGGGGUUUGUAUCAUUUGAUUUACACACAUGCCUACCACUUUGAAGAUAAAAAAUAUUUAUUUGUGUGAAAAAAGACAAAGAAACAGAAAACUUGAGUGUGCAUAGCUAUUCACCCCCCCAAAGUCAAUACUUUGUAGAGCCACCUUUUGCAGCAAUUACAGCUGCAAGUUUUUGCCCAUUCUUCAAGGCAAAACUGCUCCAGCUCCUUCAAGUUGGAUGGGUUCCGCUAGGUGUACAGCAAUCUUUAAGUCAUACCACAGAUUCUCAAUUGGAUUGAGAUCUGGGCUUUGACUAGGCCAUUCCAAGACAUUUAAAUGUUUCCCCUUAAACCACUCAAGUGUUUUUUUUUUUUUUUAAGGGGGUAGAUCAGCUUUAAUAUUGCAGAUAGAUUGUAACUUCCAUCAAUGUAAUUGUCUGCAUCACUUCCAAUCCCCCAUAUGUUUUUUUUCUCUCGCAUAUAUAUAUAUAUAUAUAUAUACACUGCUCAAAAAAUUAAGGGAACACUAAAAUAACACAUCCUAGAUCUGAAUGAAUGAAAUAAUCUUAUUAAAUACUUUUUUCUUUACAUAGUUGAAUGUGCUGACAACAAAAUCACACAAAAAUUAUCAAUGGAAAUCAAAUGUAUCAACCCAUGGAGGUCUGGAUUUGGAGUCACCCUCAAAAUGAAAGUGGAAAACCACACUACAGGCUGAUCCAACUUUGAUGUAAUGACCUAACUCCUGGACAGUCUGUGGUGCAACGUGGCGUUGGUGGAUGGAGCGAGACAUGAUGUCCCAGAUGUGCUCAAUUGGAUUCAGGUCUGGGGAACGGGCGGGCCAGUCCAUAGCAUCAAUGCCUUCCUCUUGCAGGAACUGCUGACACACUCCAGCCACAUGAGGUCUAGCAUUGUCUUGCAUUAGGAGGAACCCAGGGCCAACCGCACCAGCAUAUGGUCUCACAAGGGGUCUGAGGAUCUCAUCUCGGUACCUAAUGGCAGUCAGGCUACCUCUGGCGAGCACAUGGAGGGCUGUGCGGCCCCCCCAAAGAAAUGCCACCCCACACCAUGACUGACCCACCACCAAACCGGUCAUGCUGGAGGAUGUUGCAGGCAGCAGAACGUUCUCCACGGCGUCUCCAGACUCUGUCACGUCUGUCACAUGUGCUCAGUGUGAACCUGCUUUCAUCUGUGAAGAGCACAGGGCGCCAGUGGCGAAUUUGCCAAUCUUGGUGUUCUCUGGCAAAUGCCAAACGUCCUGCAUGGUGUUGGGCUGUAAGCACAACCCCCACCUGUGGACGUCGGGCUCUCAUACCACCCUCAUGGAGUCUGUUUCUGACCGUUUGAGCAGACACAUGCACAUUUGUGGCCUGCUGGAGGUCAUUUUGCAGGGCUCUGGCAGUGCUCCUCCUGCUCCUUCUUGCACAAAGGCGGAGGUAGCAGUCCUGCUGCUGGGUUGUUGCCCUCCUACGGCCUCCUCCACGUCUCCUGAUGUACUGGCCUGUCUCCUGGUAGCGCCUCCAUGCUCUGGACACUACGCUGACAGACACAGUAAACCUUCUUGCCACAGCUCGCAUUGAUGUGCCAUCCUGGAUGAGCUGCACUACCUGAGCCACUUGUGUGGGUUGUAGACUCCGUCUCAUGCUACCACUAGAGUGAAAGCACCGCCAGCAUUCAAAAGUGACCAAAACAUCAGCCAGGAAGCAUAGGAACUGAGAAGUGCUCUGUGGUCACCACCUGCAAAACCAAUCCUUUAUUGGGGGUGUCUUGCUAAUUGCCUAUAAUUUCCAACUGUUGUCUAUUCCAUUUGCACAACAGCAUGUGAAAUGUAUUGUCAAUCAGUGUUGCUUCCUAAGUGGACAGUUUGAUUUCACAGAAGUGUGAUUGACUUGGAGUUACAUUGUGUUGUUUAAGUGUUCCCUUAAUUUUUUUGAGCAGUGUAAUAUAUAUAUAUAUACAGUGGGGAGAACAAGUAUUUGAUACACUGCCGAUCUUGCAGGUUUUCCUACUUACAAAGCAUGUAGAGGUCUGUAAUUUUUAUCAUAGGUACACUUCAACUAUGAGAGACGGAAUCUAAAACAAAAAUCCAGAAAAUCACAUUGUAUGAUUUUUAAGUAAUUAAUUUGCAUUUUAUUGCAUGACAUAAGUAUUUGAUCACCUACCAACCAGUAAGAAUUCCGGCUCUCACAGACCUGUUAGUUUUUCUUUAAGAAGCCCUCCUGUUCUCCACUCAUUACCUGUAUUAACUCGUUACCUGUAUAAAAGACACCUGUCCACACACUCAAUCAAACAGACUCCAACCUCUCCACAAUGGCCAAGAACAGAGAGUUGUGUAAGGACAUCAGGGAUAAAAUUGUAGACCUGCACAAGGCUGGGAUGGGCUACAGGACAAUAGGCAAGCAGCUUGGUGAGAAGGCAACAACUGUUGGCACAAUUAUUAGAAAAUGGAAGAAGUUCAAGAUGACGGUCAAUCACCCUCGGUCUGGGGCUCCAUGCAAGAUCUCACCUCGUGGGGCAUCAAUGAUCAUGAGGAAGGUGAGGGAUCAGCCCAGAACUACACGGCAGGACCUGGUCAAUGACCUGAAGAGAGCUGGGACCACAGUCUCAAAGAAAACCAUUAGUAACACACUACGCCGUCAUGGAUUAAAAUCCUGCAGCGCACACAAGGUCCCCCUGCUCAAACCAGCGCAUGUCCAGGCCCGUCUGAAGUUUGCCAAUGACCAUCUGGAUGAUCCAGAGGAGGAAUGGGAGAAGGUCAUGUGGUCUGAUGAGACAAAAAUAGAGCUUUUUGGUCUAAACUCCACUCGCUGUGUUUGGAGGAAGAAGAAGGAUGAGUACAACCCCAAGAACACCAUCCCAACCGUGAAGCAUGGAGGUGGAAACAUCAUUCUUUGGGGAUGCUUUUCUGCAAAGGGGACAGGACGACUGCACCGUAUUGAGGGGAGGAUGGAUGGGGCCAUGUAUCGCGAAAUCUUGGCCAACAACCUCCUUCCCUCAGUAAGAGCAUUGAAGAUGGGUCGUGGCUGGGUCUUCCAGCAUGACAACGACCCGAAACACACAGCCAGGGCAACUAAGGAGUGCCUCCGUAAGAAGCAUCUCAAGGUCCUGGAGUGGCCUAGCCAGUCUCCAGACCUGAACCCAAUAGAAAUUAUUUGGAGGGAGCUGAAAGUCUGUAUUGCCCAGCAACAGCCCCGAAACCUGAAGGAUCUGGAGAAGGUCUGUAGGGAGGAGUGGGCCAAAAUCCCUGCUGCAGUGUGUGCAAACCUGGUCAAGCCCUACAGGAAACGUAUGAUCUCUGUAAUUGCAAACAAAGGUUUCUGUACCAAAUAUUAAGUUCUGCUUUUCUGAUGUAUCAAAUACUUAUGUCAUGCAAUAAAAUGCAAAUUAAUUACUUAAAAAUCAUACAAUGUGAUUUUCUGGAUUUUUGUUUUAGAUUCUGUCUCUCACAGUUGAAGUGUACCUAUGAUAAAAAAUUACAGACCUCUACAUGCUUUGUAAGUAGGAAAACCUGCAAAAUCGGCAGUGUAUCAAAUACUUGUUCUCCCCACUGUAUAUAAACACAUAGACAUACACAUAUACACAUCCUUUAAAAAAUAUAUAUUUCCCUUUAUUACUUUCCUGACCUUCUAUGCAGAUUUGCAAAGAAAAAGCCAUAUCUCAGACUGGCCAAUAAAAAUAAAAGAUUAAGAUGGGCAAUCUGAGAUAUGUUUUUUUCUUUGCAACUCUGCCUAGAAAGUCAGCAUCCCGGAGUCGCCUCUUCACUGUUGACGUUGAGACUGGUGUUUUGCGGGUACUAUUUAAUGAAGCUGCCAGUUGAGGACCGGUGAGGCGCCUGUUUCUCAAACUAGACACUAAUGUAUUUGUCCUCUUGCUCAGUUGUGCACCGAGGCCUCCCACUCCUCUUUCUAUUCUGGUUAGAGCCAGUUUGCGCUGUUCUGUGAAGGGAGUAGUACACAGCGUUGUACGAGAUUUUCAGUUUCUUGGCAAUUUCUCGUAUGGAAUAGCCUUCAUUUCUCAGAACAAGAAUAGACUGACGAGUUUCAGAAGAAAGUUAUUUGUUUCUGGCCAUUUUGAGCCUGUAAUCGAACCCACAAUUGCUGAUGCUCCAGAUACUCAACUAGUCUCAAGAAGGCCAGUUUUAUUGCUUCUUUAAUCAGCACAACAGUUUUCAGCUGUGCUAACAUAAUUGCAAAAGGGUUUUCUAAUGAUCAAUUAGCCUUUUAAAAUGAUAAACUUGGAUUAGCAAACACAACGUGCCAUUUGAACACAGGACUGAUGGUUGCUGAUAAUGGGCCACUGUACGCCUAUGUAGAUAUUCAGUUUCCAGCUACAAUAGCCAUUUACAACAUUAACAAUGUCUACACUGUAUUUCUGAUCAAUUUGAUGUUAUUUUAAUGGACCAAAAAUUUGCUUUUCUUUCGAAAACAAGGACAUUUCUAAGUGACCCAAAACUUUUGAACGGUAGUGUUGGUGGAUGCACGUGGCAUUUCGCCCACUUUUUACUUGCGUAUCUGCCCUCUCAUUGGCUAGAAUGGUCCCAGCUGAUCUCGCCUGCUCCCGCCUGCCUUCCAUCUUUGAGGACAUGUAUUUCCAUUGUUAAUGCGGUCACUCGACUAUCUUGUCAAGAUAGUAUAUCAUCUUUGCAUGAAGUAGAGAAAACGUGUAAUUAGGGUCCCCUGGGAAACACUGACCAACACUUUGGUUAAUACACGGUCACAAUAAUUCCUCCCUGGCUUUUUCAUCCGUUGUCAUGUCAAACAACUAUUUAUUCAAAGUGCUGCCCACUAUAUUUCAAUAAUCAUUCUAUUUCCAUGAUUCCAACAGUUUACCCAAGUGUUUUGAUCUAAAUCUCAAGUCCAAUCGCAAUAUUUGGUCAAAAGAAAUCGCAAUUGAGCCUAGAUGUUUUGGCCAUAUCAUGCAGCCCUAUGUAGCACAGUGUGGAAAUGAUAACAAAUGAGUGCAGGAAAUGCAUAAAUUGAUGAAAAUGCAGAAAAUUAUUUUGAAGUUGAAUUGAACAGUAUAAAACAAUCAGAAUGGAGAAAGCCCUGUUGAAAUCACUUUGAAUGUAUGUGUUGCCACCCUAGGACCACGCACUACUCAUUAAUCUUAUUUAGAACUUGUAUUAUUAAAAAACAUAAAAUACAGUCAAGUACAGUAAUGCCUUACUAUAAAAUAUUUGAAAAAUAUUGUGAUAUGAUAUCUUGGCCAUAUCGCCCAGCCCGUGUGUGUGUGUGUGUGUGAGAGAGAGAGCGAUAUCACGUUUUGUGUUUGUGGGUAUGAUAAAUACUGAAGUUAUUUUUGACAUAUACUGCUAAAUCUGAAACUUUAGGAGAUGAUGGGAGAGCUGUUUACACCGUUAGAGACACCUGAGGCCCCUAAUAGAGGUUUCUUCAAGGGCCUGUUUGGGGGAGGAGCUCAGUCGCUGGAUAGAGAAGAUUUGUGUGAGUAUCAUUCCCACAAUACACCUCUCCUUCAGUAGCUAUAGAACUGUGACAUUCUAGAGCGUUUUGAGGACAUAUCUGAUUUAGUUGGACAUAGAUAAUGCCGUACAAGAUGUUUGGCAUAUGAUUACUAAUGACACAGUGUUAUUGGACACAGAGAUAAUGCCGUACAAGAUGUUUGGCAUAUGAUUACUAAUGAUACAGUGUUAUUGGACACAGAGAUAAUGCCGUACAAGAUGUUUGGCAUAUGAUUACUAAUGACACAGUGUUAUUGGACACAGAGAUAAUGCCGUACAAGAUGUUUGGCAUAUGAUUACUAAUGACAGUGUUAUUGGACACAGAGAUAAUGCCGUACAAGAUGUUUGGCAUAUGAUUACUAAUGACACAGUGUUAUUGGACACAGAGAUAAUGCCGUACAAUAUGUUUGGCAUAUGAUUACUAAUGACAGUGUUAUUGGACACAGAGAUAAUGCCGUACAAGAUGUUUGGCAUACGAUUACUAAUGACACAGUGUUAUUGGACACAGAGAUAAUGCCGUACAAGAUGUUUGGCAUAUGAUUACUAAUGACACAGUGUUAUUGGACACAGAGAUAAUGCCGUACAAGAUGUUUGGCAUAUGGUUACUAAUGACAGUGUUAUUGGACACAGAGAUAAUGCCGUACAAGAUGUUUGGCAUAUGAUUACUAAUGACAGUGUUAUUGGACACAGAGAUAAUGCCGUACAAGAUGUUUGGCAUAUGAUUACUAAUGACAGUGUUAUUGGACACAGAGAUAAUGCCGUACAAGAUGUUUGGCAUAUGAUUACUAAUGACACAGUGUUAUUGGACACAGAGAUAAUGCUGUACAAGAUGUUUGGCAUAUGAUUACUAAUGACACAGUGUUAUUGGACACAGAGAUAAUGGCGUACUAGAUUUUUGGCAUAUGAUUACUAAUGACAGUGUUAUUGGACACAGAGAUAAUGCCUUACAAGAUGUUUGGCAUAUGAUUACUAAUUACACAGUGUUAUUGGACACAGAGAUAAUGCCGUACAAGAUGUUUGGCAUAUGAUUACUAAUGACAGUGUUAUUGGACACAGAGAUAAUGCCGUACAAGAUGUUUGGCAUAUGAUUACUAAUGACAGUGUUAUUGGACACAGAGAUAAUGCCGUACAAGAUGUUUGGCAUAUGAUUACUAAUGACAGUGUUAUUGGCAUUGCAGUUAUAAAGCCUGUUUUUUUGGCUCUGUCCUCUACAGUUGGUGAGACUGCGGCGGGUAAGGGAUCUCGUAGCCUGGCGCAGCACAUCCCUGGGCCCCAGGGCAUGGAGGGCAUGAAGGGGGCAGCCUCGGGGGUGGUGGGGGACCUGGCCCGCGCCCGGAUAGCCCUGGACGAGAGGGGGCAGAAACUGGGCGAGCUGGAGGACAGAACCGCAGCCAUGAUGGCCAGCGCUGACUCCUUCUCUAAACACGCUCAUGAUGUAAGGCUGAUGAUCCACAAGGUCAUCUGUGAGGAGCAAACCUGUGUUCAACUAGUAUUAGUUUUCUUUCAAAUACUUGAAUUGUUUGAUUGAGCCUGCCUAGUGCACGAUGGACAGGGUUUGCACUUUUGGGCUCAAUCAAGCACGGCUCAAGUAUUUGAAAGAAAAUGAUUACUACCUGAACCCAGGUUUGAUGAGAAGCCUGCCUUCUGUGACAGUGUUGUCUAUGAGUCCCGUCCUGUCUCACAACCUCUUCUCUCACUUCCUUCUGUUUCUCAGAUGAUGCUGAAGUACAAAGAUAAGAAGUGGUACCAGCUCUGAUGGCAGCGAGGGGUUGUCUUGUCUACAGGAGAUGCAGCUCCUCCUCCUCUUCUCCUUCAUCUCUCUGCAGGAGGAAGAAGUGUUAUGUAACAGACUGAGGCUUUCUUCCUAGCAGCACAAGACAACACUGCAUUACCUCAGUCUGCUGGUUACCACUGAGGAGGAGUAGACAGACUGACAAAGACAGACGCACUGACACAGACAGAAUCACUGACACAGACAGACAGAGACAGACAGACACAGACAGACACAGACAGACAGACAGACAGAUGGAGACAGACAGACAGAUGGAGACAGACAGACAGAUGGAGACAGACAGACAGAUGGAGACAGACAGACAGAUGGAGACAGACAGACAGAUGGAGACAGACAGACAGACAGACAGACAGACAGACAGACAGACAGACAGA